AUGUCCUGCAAUGCCAACUCGAGCGAACAUGCAUCAAGCCAUGAUGAUGACUUAAAUUUGGAAUUUGACGAGGAAGAAAACAUCGAGCCUUGUUUAGCAAUGGAUGAGGUGAAUCAAUGUUCAAUUUCUAAUUGGUAUUAUUUGUAUGAUGGAAAAACAAAUCCGCAAAUCACUCCGAAAAGAAUUACUAUACUGACCAAAAUAAUCAAGCUUGAAGAUGACUUUAUUGAAUAUUUAAAACAAGAUGGAGUAGUAUUACCAGCAUCUGUGGAUACUAAAAAAGUUGUUCCAAAUUUUGAGAGCGAUAGCGACGAAGAACGAGAAAAGUAUGCCAAUAGUGAUGAGCAGGAUGAAGAGAACGAGGUUCCCGAAUUUACAGCAUUGCAAUUGCAAAUAGCGGAUGCUUUAGAUGAGUUUGAAGAAGUUUUCCCCAAACUAAAUUGGAGUGCUCCAAAGGAUGCCAAUUGGAUGCUUUCUGAAUCAUCACUAUUGCGAUGUAAAUCAAUUGAGGAUGUUUUUCUAGUGUUAAAGAGCUCAUCGUUUGUCACACAUGAUAUUCAGAAAGCCUAUAAUAACUGUUUGGAUUACAAGCCUGAGAAUGAGAUUAAGCGUGUUUUAGCGUUAAGAAAAUGGUAUGACGUGAAUCCUUCUAUGGAGUUUAGAUGCUUUGUUAAGGAUAGGUCAUUGAUUGGAAUUUCUCAGAGAGACAUUUCUAAUUUCUAUAAAUUCCUUGUAGUUGACAGGGAAAGCAUUACUGAAAAGUUAGUGACAUUUUGGGAAAAGUAUAUCAAGAACUCAUUCCCUCUCUCUCAAUACACUGUUGAUUUAUAUAUUAGUCGAACAGGUGCUGUGUUUAUUGUUGACUUUAAUGUAUUUGGCCCUCCAACUAGCCCAUUACUAUUCAAUUCUUUUAAAUCUGGACAUUUAUCUUCAGACUCUAAGGAAUUGGUGGUCAACAUUGUUGAAAAUAACGAAGGAGUAAUGCGACCAAGUUGCAAAAUGUAUUCUGGAGUACCAUCUGAUUUCUUUUCAGUCGAAAAUGCUCAAAAUUUACAAGAAUUUAUUGAAAAGCAACAAAAGCUUCAACAGAACGAGAAAUAA